AAAUUUCGGAUCUAGCGAGUCAGGUUUGAGCUAGCCCAACCCGACUGUAAUAGCAGCGGUGGAAGUUGAAAGAAACCAUCGAUUUUUUUUUUUUGCUGCUCAACGAGACGAUACACUGAAAUAAUCUGGAAACAGAGUCAUCGGCCAGAAAAUUAGGGAUGGAAUUAGCAGACAGAGCAGUUGGAUUGCUGUUAUCAUUCACCAGUCUAUCUAUCUUCACUUACUAUACUUUCUGGGUUAUUAUUUUGCCAUUUGUCGACAUUGAUCAUUUUAUCCACCAGUAUUUCCUGCCACAAGAAUAUGCGAUACUCAUACCCGUAUUUGCCGCUGUAGCUCUUCUCUGCUUGCUAUGCAUAUUUAUAGGAUUCGUGAUGCUUAAAUCAAAAAAGAAGAGAGCAUAAUUAAUGCAAAUUUUUUAGAUGUUUCAGUUACAUUCAUAAUGCGAAGCAUCUCCGAAUUGCAAAUAUAGGUGGCACUUUGGUACUGGUUUGUGCUGCCGACAAAAUUCGAAUAGAGGGAGUUGCUGCUUCAAGUCAUUGAAAUUGGGGUUACGUUAUAUUUAGCGGUUGAUGUUGAAAUUCAAAGUAGAAAUUUUAAUUUGCUAUUUUAUCUAAAGUUAAAGAAGAGUCUAACUAGACCUGAUAUGCAAAUAGUCUUUUAGCUUCUUGGCUUUUCAUAUGGAUCUAACUAAUCCUUUUAACUUAGACAUUACAUUUUUAUGGUUAUCAUAAAGUUGGUGGACAAUUCAAACAUUACAUUGUAGUAUAAUGCAAAGUCUCUCAUUUUAGGUUGCGUUUAAAUAAAAUUGCUCAUGCUUUCUAAA